UUUUUAAGGGUGUUUUUACAGUUCUAGUGACAGAUCUACAACAUUUCUAUAUUAUUAACAGGAGAAACACUCUUGAAAAUCCUGGUAAUUAUCAUUUUGGCUUUGAGAAACAGUCGUGAGGAGGGAGAGAGAGAGAGAGAAGCAUUUUAGUUGAGCCUAUCGGAGUGGCCAAGUGGAUAUGGUGAUGAGAUGGCAAGUACAAGCUCCAAGUUCGCUUCCCCGCGGGGUAAUAUGUAUAUUGUAGUUGUUAUGAGUGAAUCGGCAGAUGAGCUUGAAAUUUUGUUGGAUGUAGUGGAUGGCUAUGGUAAGGACUUUGGAGUAAGGUUUAGCAGUGAGAAAAGCAAAGUAAUGAUUGUGAAUAGGUCAGAGGAUGAAAGUAAUGUGGUAUGGAGACUUGGAGAGAAUGAGUUGAGACAGGUGCAAGAAUACAAGUACUUAGGGAUGUGGAUGAGUCCUAGUGGGUGUGCAAAGGCAAAGAAUGAAAAGAUAAGUAUGGUAAACCAGUGGGUAGGUCGAUUGGGAAGCGCGGCAAGGAUGAGAGCAAGUAAGUAUGAUGUGUUGAGAGAAGUGUGGAAAAGUGUGGCUGUGCCAUGUAUAAUGUAUGGUAUGAAUGUGAUUGUAUGGAAUGAAAGUGAAAUUGAUAAGUUAGAAGUGGGCCAGAAUAGAGUAGCAAGGAUGGCACUGAGUGCACCGAGGUGCACAGCAGUUGAAGCCUUGAGAGGUGACAUGGGAUGGAGCACCUUCAGAGAAAGACUCACAAAAGCCACACUUAGGUACAAGAUUAGGCUUGAGAGAAUGGAUGAUGCAAGAAUAGCAAGGAAGGUGUACCUGUGGAAUGAAAGUGGAAGCAAAUGGAGGAAGAGAUGCAUGAGAAUGACAGACAGGAAUGGAUUGCAAGUUGUGUGGGCGAUAAGAAUGGCUGGUAGGAAUCAAAAUGAGCGUGAAUGGGUGGUAACAAGAGGAGGCAGAGUGGGAGCCGAAUGGGAUGUGAGAAAAUGGAAGAAUGAGAUAGACAAAGAAGUGAAAUGUGUGGGACUGAAUGAAUGGAAGAAUGAGAUGGAAAGAAAGAAGACCCUGGAAUGGUACAAGGAGAAAGAGGCCCCGAGGUAUGAAAGGUGGUAUGAUGGAAGCCUGGGCGGUGAUCUUCUCUUCCGAGCGAGGGCACAGUGUAUGGAUGUGAAUGCAAGGAGUUACAGGUGGUCUGAGUCCCGCAGCAAAGUGUGCCAGAUGUGUGACAUGGGAGAGGAUGAGACGGUGGAACAUGUGGUGCUGGAGUGUGUGAAGUAUGCCAGAGACAGGAAUGAGAUGAUGCAAGUGAUACUGACUGAGUUAGGGCAUGAUAGGAAUGAAAGAGUGGAGAAGACGGGAAAAGAGUGGAUGGUGUUGUUGCUGGGACUGUGUAGAGAGGCGAAUGAAAGGAUGAUUGAGGCGGUGAAAGAGUUUCUGGAGAGAAUGUGGCGUGCCAGGUGUAUGAACAAUUAGGAUAGAGGAUGCUGUUCGUUUCUCUUUUUUUCCCCUUUCUACAGGAGUUGCCGAUCCAAAGGCCUGGCUCAGGAGUGAUCCUGUGCCACCUGUACCAUCAAGAUCAAGAUCAAGCGCUGAUCCUGUGGAGGCGGAAGCCGAGACGAAGGCAAAACGAGACUCACGAUAGGCACCCUGAUAGAAAGGCGGGGUAACAUACACUCCGCAGCUGAACAAACUCUACAUUUCUCCCUCCUGUUUGUGUUAACCUCGUAAGUUUCGGAAGCCUCCUGGAGAGCAGUAUGCAGCUGUAGCAAGACUCUAUGGACUGGACUCAGAUCCUCUAAAGCUCACUCAGGCCUUCAGGUUGAGCUUCAAACAACUUGAAAGCGAGGCACCCAACUUUGGUGCAGGAGGCAUUGGUUGGCAGAAGUGGUGGCUGGGUGUGGUGAGGCGCACCUUCACAUCUGCUGGCUGCCCUGCUGACAGCUCCAGUCUUGACACCAUUGGCCACCACCUCAUCAGACAUUUCUCUGGUGGAAAUGCUUAUGAGCUUUUUGAUGGCAGCACUGCACUGCUAGAGGACAUAAGAGGGAGAGGUGCUGUGCUGGGUGCUAUAUCCAACUCUGAUGAGAGGUUGGAGGGUAUCUUAAUCCAUCUGGGAGUGAGACAUUAUUUUGACUUUGUCCUCACUUCCUAUGCAGCCAAAGUUGCUAAGCCAGAUCCCAGGAUUUUCCAGCAGGCAUUGUCAUGUGCAGGUAGCAACAUCACCUCCUCAGAGGCGCUGCACAUAGGUGAUGACCUGCAGCGAGACUACCUGGCAGCCCGAAGGUGUGGGUGGCACAGUGUGCUGGUGUCCAGCCAGCUGCACCAGGUUUGUCAGGAGGCGGGGGUGGCUGUGGAUGGUGCCUCAAUGGUCACCUGCCUCAAAGACCUGCAUUCACUUCUAGACAGAUACACAACAAGCUAAAAGAUCUACAAGCAUCUCCACUAAUCUGUACAUAACUUCAUUGUGUGUUCUGUACCACAGUGAAAUAGUACAGUAUCAUCAUCAUCAUCAUAAAGCACAACAUAUUACAGUAUAUAUUUAAUAUGUAUUUUACAUCACCAAUGCCUACUUAUUUCCAUAUUUUGAGAGUGGCAUCAAGGGGUCAGGUGUACCUUGAACACACUCUAUCACAGAGGCUUGCCUACACCUUAAGGGGUGUAGCAAGCUCUGCUGUGAAGGAAAAGCAUCCUAUAUCAAAGAAUAAUUUUAUUAUUGAGCACGCCUUUCAUGAAAAAGAAAAUUACAAUUAUGGUAGUGGUAGGAAGUAUCUAUUUGAGAAAAGAAAGUUAGCAGACCAUUCAUGGACUCUUGGGCCAAAUAACCUGAGGUCACACACAAGUGGUGGUGAACACACUGGCAGAGGCAGGCAUGGGUGGAGCUUGGCCUCUGCCUUAGCUCUCAGCAUCUUCAGCACCAGGCCUGAAGGGGAGGAGGAGAAAAAGGAGUCAGAGCUCAUCAUUAUGAUCAAGCGAGGAAUACUUGCCCUGAAGAGUGGUGAGCUGAAGAAGGCUGAGCAGCUCCUUCAUGUGGGGCUCAAAAUGGCACAGGAGACCAACAACCAGCAGGCAGUGACCUAUAUCUUUGACCUGCUGGCUAACCUGGCGUACCAGAGGGAAGAGUACCCCAAGGCGGAGCGGCUCUUCAAAGAUGUGCUGCAACGGCUCCUUUCAGGUGGCAUGGCAGAGGACGACAACGCGGUGGUGGAGAUAAGCCUGAAGUUGGCCAGUGUCUAUGCCUCGGAGGGGGACUAUGAGAAGGCUGUUCAGGGUUUCCAGUUCUGUAUUGCAACCCAGGAAGAAAAGAUAAACAAGAAAGGAGAAGCCGCUCUGGAUGAAGACACGCUGCUGCUGUGGGCCAUGAGCAUGGACUGGUAUGCUCGCUUCCUCCUCAACCUUCACAAGUUUGAGCUGGCCAAGCAACAUUUCCUUAAGGCCUAUGAGAUGAGUGCCCGUGUUAAUGGUGUGGGACACUCCCAGACGGCUGUGCUGCUCAAUGACAUUGGCUCGGUUUGCUCCCUUCAGAAGAAUUACACAGAGGCAAUAGAGUACCUAGAGAAGGCCAUCACUGCUGCCCGUGAGGCUCAGAGUUCUGAAAUUGGCUCCUUUUAUGUUAACCUAGGCACUGUGUAUCUCCAGCAAGGUCUGCAUGGGGAGGCCAGGAGGUGUUGCCGGGAGGGUCUGACUCUCUCCAAGAAAAUGAACAAUAAGGAUGGUGCAGAGGAGGCAGAGAUUUGCCUUGCAGAAAUUGAGAAGGUGAUUAAGGAAGAGGAAAGAAAAUAGAUGUAUAUAGCUUCAGAUUAGGAAAGAAAAGUUGAUUCACCACUUAUACUGAAAUUUACCAUCCCUUUGCAUAAAUUUAGAGUUCAACCAUGAAUGGUUAGAAAUACUGCUAAGCUACUGUGGUAUGUCUUUAAAUGUGAGCACAUUCUUGGUAUUGACUAAGAAUUACAAAUUAAUUUAAUAUUGAGAAGGUCUGGAUGUGUAUUCAUGCUACUCUUUUCAUGUUCUUGCACUUGUGGUGGAGGGCCAGCCUCUGUGUGGCUUGGUCCAGCAUCGGGUGUGGCUUGGCUCAGCAUCAGAUGUGGCUUGGCCUAGCACUGAGUACCACAAAGCAGUGGGGAUAAGUGGAGUUAUGCCUGAGUUUUUGUUGCAGAGAAUCUCGUUCAUGCCGUGAUCAGCUACGUACAUGUGUUGUCGGCAGCUGACUGUUGACACUAACUUUGAUCCAUAAUAUGCCUUAAUAUUGUUAGCAUUUAAAUAUUCAGAUUAUUCUGCAUUGUUGAAAAUAAAUGGCUGUCACAUUUUCUUUCUAGCAAGUAUGUGUUAUGUCUUCAAGUAGAGCAGCAUCACAUUAUUUACAUGAUUUUUAAUGCUGGUCAAUAUGAUGGAAAUAAUCUCAAGCUUUUAUUUAUCACGCCUCACACUUAGAAGUGAGAAAGAGCCAACAGAGGAUAUGUGGACUGAUAUGGUAAGUUGAAUGGCCAAUUGUUCAAAAGAUACUAGAAGUAAUUAAUUUUGUUCUCACAAGUAGUGUUGAAAAAAAGAUUGAGUGAUUAAGAUUGCAGCAUUUGUGUUCAUCAUGUGAUGAGUCAUCAAGUAUUUCAGCAAUUAUUGCCUUGAUAGGGUUGAAUAUUGUUAUUUGUACAGUAUUUAUUUAUUUGCAGUUGUGUCAGACAGGUAGAGUAAUGUAUAGAGAGGCAGGAGUGCUGUUAAACAACAGUCGCAGGAACAAUGAAGCAGAUGGUAGUCUUCCCGGAAUCAGCGACCAGCUUCCAGGUAACAAUAACACUCACCUGUCAAUGCAAGAACAGAUAUUAGCAGCAGUGGGUUUUACUGUCAGGUUUUUAAGUUGUAGAUUCCAUGUACAAGUUCUCUUAUAAACUAAACUUGUAAUGAUCUUUUUUGCAAUACUUGGAAUUAGAAGUGGAGAUAAUGUUUAUUCUCUGUAUGCAUCCAUGAGGCAGCUCUUCAUAUUAUUGCUUAUUGAUCAGAUGUUUUCCUUGAUUGGGAUCAGGGGAGACAUAUACUCCUCAGAAACUGAUGGCAGCUCUUGUAUUGAGGAUAUCAGAUGCUAUUUGUUUGUUACUUGUGAUAAGCUGUGUCAGUUUGCCUCAAGGACAGCUCACUAUUUGUAAAAUCAGUAAAAAAACAGGUUGUAAGUUACAGAUAAUGUGCCAUUCUGGUGAAGAGAUGUCUGUUGUGAAUUUACUGACUAGUCAAGGCUCUCUGGAUUGGUUGUGGUGCAAUUCAACCCAAAUUGUAUCAUGAGGGAUACUUGGCUUGGAUUAAUUACUUGUACUGCACACACUAACAAUUAAAAAGACAUUUUUA